AUGCCAGGGGAGACAAUCACUAUACAAGCAGGACAGUGCGGGAAUCAAGUUGGUUUACUGUAUUGGCAACAACUAGCUAAUGAACAUGGGUUAAAUUCCGAUGGAGUGCCUACACCGUAUCCUAGUACAAAAAGAUAUGAGUUCAUAGAUUACAACCAGCAAGAUACAACAACUGGGGUAGAGCUGGCGCGACAGCAGCAGGUUCAGCGAACAAUGUACAGGGAGGAUAAUCCCGAGUUGUAUUUCACAAUUUCAGAUGCUCACACAUAUACUCCACGUUCGAUACUGAUUGACCUUGAGCCCUCGGUGAUAGCCAAAUCACUCAGCAGUAUGUCGAUGUUUAAUCCGAGAAAUGUUCAUCUAAGUGAGCAAGGGAACGGAGCUGCCAACAAUUGGGCUAAUGGGUAUAGGUAUGGACAAGAGCAUAUUGAAGAGAUUGUCAAUUUAAUAGAUCGGGAAGUUGACAAGUGUGACAACUUAUCGCAAUUCCAGUUGAUUCAUAGUGUUGCAGGUGGAACCGGAGCCGGUGUUGGUUCAAAAAUUUUGGAGGUUUUGCAAGAUAGGUAUACUAACAAAAAGCUCAUUACUACAGUUUCCGUAUUCCCUUCGAACGACAAGACGAGCGAUGUAGUAGUACAGCCAUAUAAUACUGUGUUGACAUUACAGAGAUUGAUAGAGUGCAGUGAUGCAACUUUUGUGUUCCACAACGAUGCAUUAAAUAAUAUCGAAAAUUUGAUUUCCAAUCAAAACGCGUCUUUCUCGCGACAGGAGCUCAGCAAUGGAGGAGUAAUAGGAAUAGGAAAGGGGAAAAGAGGCGGGGCUUUGUUUCAAGGGGCCAAUAAACUAAUUGCAUCAGUCAUGGCCUCUAUCAGUAACCCUAUAAGAUUUCCUGGUUAUAUGUACAGUUCUAUUGAAUCGAUUAUGUCGAGUAUGGUUCCUACACCUGAUUUGAAGUUCUUGACAUCAUCAAUUGCACCAUUCAACAAUUUCUCAAAUCAUAAAUACAUAAAUGAAUACGACAUGUUUUUGGAAUUGUCUGACGAUCGAUACAAGUCGGUGAUAAUUCCUAGUACGAGUGGUUCAGAUGUUUCAUAUAUUAGUCUAAUGAACUAUUUAAUAAGUCCAACUAAUCUAGAUAGAAAAGAGAUUCGCAAAGGUAUAUUGAAGAUUCAAUCACGAACCAACUUUCCUCCAUGGGCAUCGAGAUCGAUAGCAGUGGUACAUGGUCAUAAAUCACCAUUUUUGAAAGACCAGCUGCUUGAAGGAAUACAAUUGUCCAAUAAUACAUCGAUUAUUGAAGUUUUUGAGAAGAUUCUAAGACAAUACGAUAUGUUGGCAAAGAGGAAAGCUUAUUGGAAUACAUAUUGCGAGGAGAAUUCUCCAGAGGAGUUGGAUAAGAUUACGGGUAUAUUCAGUGAAAGUAAAGAGGCCGUUGUAAGUGUUAUUAAUGAGUAUAAAGCUUGUAAAAGUAUGAAUUAUUUGGAAGAUGAUGAUGAUGAUGAUGAUGUUGGUGAUGUUGUUAAUGCUGAUGUUGAUGUUAAUGUUGAUAUGGACAUGAAUUAA